UGACAGUUCAUCGACCGUCAAUUGGAAUUGAACAAAAGAAUUUUGUCGUGGAAAACCUGAAAUAAAGUAGCCUAAUCUACAUUAUUAAGAUAAAAAAUGGCAGAAAGGGAACCAAUAAGCGGAUCAAGCCGGGACUAUGGAGCGACGUCAGCAGUUCCCAACGUCAGCUUUGCAGACUUCAGUCCCACAGAACUAUACAACCUGAGUGAGGGUAUAGCUGACAAUGUCAACAGCAUCAACAGCGGCCUUAAGUCGCUGGAGAAGAUGAUGAAGCAGAUUGGUGGACCUAAUGACAGUGUGCAGCUAAGGGAUAAAAUCCACGAUACACAGCAAACUGUGAACGGGUCGGUGUCAGCGACCGCGCGCGACAUUCAGCGACUAGGCGUAGUGGUCAGAAGGGGAGACAAACCUCAGAAACUUCAAGUUGAAAGACUCACACAGGCCUUCACUGAAGCUCUUGCGAAGUAUUCUUCAGUUCAGAAGCAAGUAUCGGAAAAGAUGGCAGCUCAUAUGCCAAGGCCGCCGCGCGUGCGCAACGACCCUCAAGCGAUGGAAGAUCAGGCUAUCGCUGAUGAUGAAGAGGCCACGCUCAUUGCUAACCAACAGGCACAGGCGCGUCUUGUCCAGUUCGAGACGAGCAUGUUGCUGGAGAAGGAGGCGUAUAUCAACAAAAUAGAAGCCGACGUGCUGGACGUGAACCAGAUCAUACAGGAACUCGCUGAUAUGGUCAAUCAGCAGGCCCAGUCUGUUGAUAAUGUAGAAAGCAACAUUGAAUCAGCUGGGGCCAACGUAGAAGCUGGUGUCGACGAACUAGCGAAGGCAGCCGAAUAUCAACGUAGAUACAGAAGAAAAAUGCUUAUCCUCAUUAUAAUAGGCGUAAUCGUAGCAAUCAUAUUCAUCGUAUGGGUUAUCAAAGCGUUCAGAUAGAUUGCUUUAAACUUAAACCCAGUAUUACCACAUGAAGUUUGAAAUGGGUACCAACACUUACCCUUGAAGAGAUAUUUAUCUAUCCUAUUACUAUAUUAGGGUCUCGUGUCUCGCCCCAGAAGAGAAGGCAUCGAAUUUACCGCUGUUA